AUGGCGUUCCGCUUGCCGUCACAGAUGCCCAGGCGCAUCUGCGCAAGCAAGUCGUCCAGUUUCGGCCUUUCUCAGCUGAGCAGCAGAGCUCGCGGCCUGGCAACUGUGGUACCACCGGUGACACAAGAUGCGACCGGAUCCAAGGGACCAACAGCCAUGGUGUUCAUGAACAUGGGUGGGCCGCAAACCACAGAUCAAGUCGGGGACUUUCUAAGUCGACUCUUUUCAGACGGUGACCUGAUUCCCCUUGGAAGACUGCAGUCCUACAUCGGCCCCUUAUUGUCGAAGCGAAGGACACCGAAGAUCCAGAAGCAGUACAGCGACAUCGGCGGCGGUUCACCUAUCCGCAAAUGGUCCGAGUACCAGAACGAAGAAAUGUGCAAGAUUCUCGACAAGAUCUCCCCCGAGACCGCGCCGCACAAGCCGUACGUCGCGUUUCGCUACGCCAACCCCUUGACGGAGCACAUGUACCAGCAACUUCUAGACGACGGCUUCGGAAAAGGGCGCGGUGGGCGUGCCGUGGCCUUUACCCAAUAUCCUCAGUAUUCCUGCUCGACAACGGGCAGCAGUCUCAAUGAACUGUGGAAGUGGAGGCACAGGCUGGAGUCCAAGCACAAUGGAGGCGAGGGGGCGAUCAAUUGGAGCGUUAUCGACAGGUGGCCUGUGCACCACGGUCUCGUCGAGGCUUUCGCCCAGCACAUUGAGGCCAAGCUGGCGGAAUACCCUGAGGAACGACGGAAGGAUGUUGUGCUCCUGUUCUCAGCGCACAGUCUGCCCAUGUCUGUGGUCAACCGCGGAGAUCCGUACCCAGCAGAGGUCGCGGCGACAGUGUACGCUGUCAUGCAGCGCCUCAAGUUCUCCAACCCAUACCGCCUUUGCUGGCAGUCUCAGGUCGGGCCGUCGGCAUGGUUGGGUCCUCAGACAUCCGACACGGUUGAAAACUUUAUCAAAAAGGGCCAAAAGGAUCUGGUUCUGAUCCCUAUUGCGUUCACGUCGGACCACAUCGAGACACUGUACGAAUUGGACCUGGAAGUCAUCGGCGAGUCUGGCCAUGCGGACACGGUGAAGCGAGCUGAGAGUCUGAAUGGCAGCCCAGUCUUCAUCGAAGCUCUGGCUGAUAUUGCCAAGAACCAUCUGGCCAGUGGGGAGUCAUGCUCGCCGCAAAUGGGGCUGCGAUGCCCUGCCUGUACGAGCGAGAGAUGCGCUGUUACAAAAGAGUUCUUCGCUGGCAAGCAAGCGCAAUCGUAUCCUGGCGAUAAGGUGCUGGCCCAGUAG